AUGUUCAGUAAACAACCAAUAUUUUUAGAUGUUUUGUUCUGCAUUUCAUCUGCUCUCAUAGGAAUUUCUAUAACAGGAUUAUACCUGAAAAGACCAUCAGUCAUGCUUCCGGACGUUCUUUACAAAGUUGUUGUAUCCGCUUGUGCUCUUUUCAAUGCAAUUCUUGAUGCGGAUAAUGGAACUUCUGGAUCUGCUCCACGACUUUUAAUGGUUUUUAUUGCUUUGUUAUCUCAUAUCUAUGAGAAUUACUUCCUUUUUAAUGCAAUUGCGGCUUUUUAUCGGGAUCAAGAUGGUGUUGAAAAUAGAAGACCUCCGCCAAGUUAUAAUCUUUUUGCUAAAUGUCUUCCGAAACCGUCUGACAUGACUAGACAAUCAUCGGCACCGAAAUGUUCAGAAAACGAUGUUGAAAAUGGAGCAUCAACAAGCGAAUCAGACGAACCACCUCCAACUUAUGAAUUCGCAAUGGAAAAGAUUAAAGAGAAAAAGGAGAAAGAAAUGGGUGAAAUAGUUUGA